AUGGCAUCCCAAAAUUCAAACAAAAUUCACGAAGACUCAAAUUCAAAGCGAUCUGACCCCAUUCCAAUCACUUCGCCUUACCGCCGUCGCUCAGCGUCUGUAUCUUCAAAUUCGUCGGGUUCAAGCUCAGAGUUGCCCACCCCACUGUCUGGCUCGGGCGGCUCCCAGAGAGUCUCAAUUCCAUCGCCUGGCAGCUCGCCCAUCUUGUCUUACUUCCUCGCUCAAUCUCCUACUGCUAAGGGCUCUAGCUUAGGGACGUUUCCCUUUGCCAAGAGGUUCGGUGUUAAUCCGCCUGUUUUCGAAGAAGCGGAAGAGGAAGUUCCAGCUGCGGCUCAUGCCCGCCGAGCCAGUGCUACGGUUGCAGGCAGGUUUACGCAGCCGCCCAACUCUGCGGUUCCCGACCCCAGGCAAGAACGGGGCACUGGUCUGCUGAGGCGACUUUCGCUCAGCAGCUCUACAUUUAUUCAGCCUACCCACGAUCAGGGAUCCAACGCCCCGCCGAAUACAGCUGUCAGUCCUACCAUGAAGGAUGCUCCCUUCCCUAGGGACUCUAGACAACGUCGUUCAGCCACUCUCAGUGUUGACACUACUUCCAGGCCCCGUCGAGCCCCUUCUCCCAUGGGCGAGCGUAUUCUCAAAGGUCACUUCGACGGAUUCAAUUAA